AUGGCUCCAGCACCAGCGGCUUCAAAUUGUUCGCUUCCAAAUGCCUCCGGCAAUGAAGUCAAACACUCAGUCGCCACCCCCAGUGAGGUGGAUAUGGAAACUUACUACCAACGUUUGCUACCAUUCAAGUAUAUAUUCAUGUGGUUGAACCAUUCACCAAAACCAACAAAGGAUUUUACUAUGAGAGAGUUUGCUUAUGAGUAUAGAAGUACUGCGUACAAACGUUACAACUCCUACAGUAACGUAGAUGAGUUCAAAAAGGCUGUCAUUACCGCCAAUCCCACGCGUUUUGAAAUUGGUGCAGUUUAUAAAGUAGCGCCCAAGGAGAGAUACAACCUACCCAAGCAAGCUUUAAAACCAGUGAGCAAAGAGUUGGUGUUUGAUAUCGACUUGACCGAUUAUGACGAAAUUAGAACCUGCUGCCAAGGGACAGAUAUUUGUUGCAAGUGUUGGAAGUUUAUUCAAGUUGGAUCAACAAUAAUCGAAGAGUGUUUGAGACAGGAUUUUGGAUUCGAGCUGAUGGUGUGGGUGUUUUCUGGGCGUAGAGGUGCGCAUUGCUGGAUCAGUGACAAGAGAGCAAGGGAGUUGGAUGAGAAUAGUAGAAGGUCCAUUGUGGAGUAUCUUGAUGUAUUGGGAGGGAAACAUGCAAAAGGCACCAAAGGUUUCCACGUUAGAAAGCCAUUUCACCCUCACAUUGAACGAAGCUUUGAGAUUUUGAAGAAAAGAUUUAUUGAAAUUAUACUAGAGGAUCAGGAUCCAUGGUAUACCGAUCCAAACACGGAAACGGAUUCAAAAAGUUGGAAACAGGUGGAGGAACUUUUAAGUUUUAUAUCAAAUAAGGAGUUACAAGCAGAGUUGAAGAAGAAAUGGCAAGGCGAACGAAACGGUUCAACCUCAAAGGAUAAAUGGGAGGAUUUGAAUACAGUUGCAUCAAAAGUGUUCAAGUCCAAUAAUCAAGUUGCAACUUUACAAGAUGCCAAGAAGGAAAUUAUCAUCUACUAUCUUUAUCCAAGAUUGGAUAUCGAAGUGUCCAGGCAGAUCAUUCACUUGUUAAAGUCUCCAUUUUGUGUACACCCAGGUACAGGAAAUGUUUGUGUGCCAUUCGAUCCAAAAAAGAAUAUCUCGGGAGAUGCUCUGGAUGACACAUACGGGUUCAAUCCUACAACAGCCCCAAACUUGAAGCAGUUGCUUACACAGCUCGAUGAGCAUGAGCAAAGUGGGGAGAAUGACGAUGCGUCUGUUCCAGCGUGGGAUAAAACUAGUCUCAAGCCCUAUGUCGAUUUAUUCAAAAAACACGUGAGCAAUUUGGUGAAAUCAGAAGCAAAGAAUGGCAAGAGAGAGUUGGACUCUGAUCCUUAUGAAUUCUAG